CGACACUCAAAUGCGCCGCUCUGCUUCCUUCAUCUAGUCCCGGCACUGGAUGUUGGGCUGCUAUCGCUCGCAAGUUUUCCCCUUAUUUGAAUAUCUCUACAUACUGGCUAUCUAGGGUUCCCUGCUUUUUUGACUAGUGUUUUCUUCUAGUCAUGGUCUACCCUGGCCACCGGAGCACCGGCUGCAUUGAGUGUCGACGCCGCAAGGUCAAAUGCGAUGCCGCUAAACCAGAGUGUUAUCGAUGUACAAUCCGCGGCCAUAUAUGCCCUGGUUACCCCGACAGAUUCAACUUUCGUCCACUGCUGGCAGAGGUGGUCAAACAAGGCCGACGACGACAGCCCAGCAAGUCCGACACCACCACCACAAGCGAAAGUACAUCUCAAUCUAAAAGUGGAAAGACAACCACCAUUUCAAGUUGUCCUAGACAUACCUCAAGUAUACCAUUGUCACCGAGCACGGCGUGGGAGCUGCCGUCCCUUUGUUUUUUCAUCGACCAGUAUAUAAUUCCGUCUCCAGAUGGCGUUUCUCCCGGAUAUCUCAGAUUUAUCCCAGAUUUAUAUCAUGUGCAAACCGAAAAUAGCUGUUUGAAAUCGGCCAUGCUGGCUGUUUCCUACCUAACAUUAUAUAAUAGAACCGGAGAUGCCCAGUUAUAUGUCAACUGUCGAGAUAACUAUGGUAUUGCACUGGGCCGGAUCAAUACCGCCCUAAAUAACCCAGAAUUUAUUCUCACCGAUAAAACGCUAGCAUCUAUCAUUAUAUUAAGCUUAUUUGUGGACGUGAACAACGAGAGACAUAAUUUAUUAAACGUACACAGCCUCGGCAUUUACCGACUCGUGAAGCUGCAGCGAGACAAACUGGUCCACUCCAAGAAUGGUCUUUAUCUCUUCGGUUGGGCCGUUAGUCACCUGCUGAUCCAAUCCAUCAUUAGGGGAGAGGACCGACACGUCGAAUUAAUGCAUCUCUUGAAUCCCGAUGACCUUAAAAUUUACGAGCUGAAAUUUGCCCGUAUCGUGUGCAAAAUCCUUGCCUUUCGCUCGCUUGUCAAGCAGUUCACGGCUCUCCGUGGCUCUAUGGCGGGACCUGCCCUUGACCAACAGGAGCACAAUCUGACAGGGAUUGCCUGUCAUUUAUUGGCUGAAAUAGAUGCCUGGGACCGAGAUAUGCCGCCAGACUGGCAGUCAGCUUUACUGGGGCUUCCAUCUGAAGCUGCAGAAGCACAGCCAGGGACCUUUCAAUGUAUCGUAGCUUUUCUCUCCCUCGUCAGCUCGGUACGCAUAAUAUUUUACCUAAACCUAAUUCAAUGGUGCAACGUUUGCGGUGACCUUUUGUCGCCCCUGCGGGACUCCCUGCAGCUAGAGGAUGACGCUAAUACCGCGUCGGUGCUACAAAGCCGAAUAUACCAAUACUUGAGGAACAUAUCUAAAAGCGCGUCGGAUGCUCUAAGGGAAAGCGACAACAAUGGAGUGAGGAGUGGAAGUGCAGCUGUUAGUCUUAUCAUUCUCUGGCCGACUUGGCUGGUUGUGCACUGCCCUUUGUCGACACCAGAACUGGUUUCCCAAAGUCGUCAAACGUUGAAUAUCAUAGGGCACAAGAUCGGUAUUAAGCUCGCAGUGAUUUUGUAUACCCUAGAUUCCGGGCCCAUCGACAAAUUCACUUAAUCAGAGGAGCUAAAACCGCCGCUUAGGUACAGAAAACUAAUUUAAUAUUCACUAUUUUAUAGUGUAGUCCAAAGUAUUGAAACUGAAUCAGAGAGAAUAUAGAGUGAAUUUGGGAUGUGC